GUCGGGUCACAGCUCCUGCCAGUCUGACUGCAGAGGCAGGACGUCCCAUCGUGCUCAGCUGCAACAUCACCAUGGCAACAGUCGACACCGUCCGCCAAGUGCGCUGGAUCAACAAGCACGGCAAGUUGCUCCUGGCGUACGAGCAACGCGUGCCGGUCCGUAUCAGCCACCAAGAGCCCAACGUGAAGCUCAACGCCUCCACCAACGACAGCAGCUACAUCACCAUCAAGAGGGUGCGGCCGGCUGACGACGGCUGCUAUCGAUGUGUUUUUGAUGUUUUCCCCGGCGGGCAGAAAGAAGGCUCCACCUGCAUCAGUGUCACUGGUAAAGUGCACCUGGAGGGCAACAGGACGGCCAUUAUUGGGAGACCAGUUACUCUGUCCUGCUGGUACAGCCUGGGUGAGCGGGUUCGCCAGGUGCUGUGGAGGAAGACUGCCGAGCAGGGUGACACCAGCGUAGUGGCCUCCUACACCAAACACAGCCGCCACACGGAGGAGCAGUUCAAAGGCCGAGUCAGUCUGAGCCCAACUCUGGGAGAAACCAAACUGACCUUCGACAAGGUCAGCAUGGAGGACGAGGCCUGCUACACCUGUGAGUUUCACACAUUCCCAGACGGCACCAGGAGCGCCGCCACCUGCCUCUCUGUUUACGUUUUACCCCAGCCGGAGGUGAGCCACGUGACGACAUCCUCCGGAGUCACCGAAGCGAACUGCACAGCCCAGUCGCGGCCUGCGGCGUUCAUCACGUGGGACACCGGCGGUGACAACCGCACGCUCGGACCGCCCAUCUUAUCUCUGUACGAACAGGGCGACGGCACCACGACGGUGACGAGCACAAUGAUCUUCCAAUCAGGGGUGCUCAGCGAACAGUCGAUCAAGUGCAUCGUGCGACACCAGGGUUUGGAAAAACCCAUCACACUCCCCCUCAACUCAGACGUGCGUCCAGCCAUGAUUAUCCUCAUCUCUGUGUGCGGUGUGGCCGUGGUCCUCCUCCUGUGUCUGUGUGUGUGUCUCUGCAAGUCCUUCAUCUGUACUGACGACUAAUAUUUGACGUCACCGCUGCUUUGAUGAAGCUCCAGCAGAGUUCUGAGCUCGACCCGGCUGCUCAGCACUGUGCCCUUCAGCUCGGGGUGCACAGGAAGCUGCUGGUUCUGUUCCCACGAGCUGGAAACACGCAGACCUAAAAACRCUACAAUGUAAAAAGAGCUAAAACUCUAUUAUUUAAUGCUAGUAAAUAGACUGUAGAGCUGUUGAAAUCCUUCUGAUAGGAGGACUUCARAUGUAGUCUGUGCCAUCAUAAUGGACUCAGAUAUACAGUAAAUAUAUAUAUAUAUUGUGUGUAAAUUUUGUUUAUCAGCAAUUUGCUCACAGAUCUUUAAAAUCUUUUGAUGUUUUUUUUUUUCUUUUGUAUAUCUUGAAUUUCCAACUUGAAUGAAAAGUGCAAUGUUGAAAAACUGGCUGUUUUAUUUUUUAUAGCAAGAAAAAGCAAAUAAUCUCACUGAUAACACAUUUAAUUUGAAGUUUUGAUCAGUGCGCUCAUAACAAAAGCUAGUGUGCAAAAUGAAACGAAUAAAAACGUCUAAAAUCAGUUCCUGUUUUCGAGUUGUUACGCCAACAUGGUUCCCUCAACUGAAAACUCUGUUGAAUAAAGUCGUAGGAUGGUUUUUAAACUUUAAAAACAGAAUCUGUUURAGACCAGAGUUUAACCUUUCACUUUGUUAAAUGGUCUCUUGGUGAGUCAUUCCUUAAGGAGAAYGGAAGGUUUUUACCGUGUGGGACAGACGGGUGGUCCACCUGUCUGUGGUUAACACCGCCCAAUGUUUCCUGAGCAGACAGACCUGGCAGCUGUGAAUCACUGUUUCUGCAGGAGUUAGACUGAAGGCGUUUGUUUUGAAGGAAUUGAGUAUAAGGUGUGUGUGUGUGUGUGUGUGUGAAACUGCAUUCUGACUUACAGAGCAGAUUUAUUGUUUUAUUAGGUGAAAGUGUUUUAUAAGCUUUGAGUUUCUGUACAAAACUGAUAUUGUUUGGAAAACUAAGUCUGUUAAAGUUAUGGUUUUAUUAUUAGCUCUUUUCUGUAUGUAGUGAGAUAUGUUGGACUUUAUAUUAAUAAAUAACGUUUUUAUAAAUGAA